GAAUACAUCGGUGGUCGCAGAAGCUCCUGCGGAGCGAGGGCGCGACGGCCCAGUGCAGAUUAGCUUGGUCCCUAGAAAGCGCACGGCUGCCGAGACAGGGCCAGAAGAGGAGCUGGAGAAGUCUGCGAAGGUUACUGGCUUGACAGUGGGGCGAAAAACGCUUAAGCGGCGCGCGGACGCUGCCUGGGACACCAGUGUUUCGAAGUGCAGCAGCGCAGAGGAAGCUGCUGAGGUGUUGAAGCGUCUCCUUGCAAGGGCUGAGAAAGAGUGGCCUGGCGUCACAAGCGCUGUAUCGCAGGCUGCCGCAGGUCCUGCCGCAAUGAGUUCGGACUGCGAUCGCUGCAAGCGCCUGCUCACAGGUCUUUCAAACUUGGCUCCAUUGCAAGGAGACAAGCUUUCGGUCCCGUAUGCAAGUGUGCGACGACACUUGGACGGCUUGGUGCGGCAGGAGUUUACUUCUAGCCAACAAGCAAAUGAACAAGGGUACAGCAUAGGCCGAGCACGAUGGGCUGCCGCAGCAAACCCAGAAGAGCCCGUCCACCCUGGGGGGCGGCCGAGUAUGGUGAACAAGGCGUCUGUGAUCGCCAUGGUGAAGAAAGCUCUGGAUGAACGGUCACAGCCAUCCUCAAAUAUUUGCAAGAAGGAUGCAGAGUGGGUAGUGGCCCACUCCUUGACAGACACAAAGACCGAGAAAUAUAAUAGCAGCGCUGAUGUGCACAUGGCGAUGUCGGAAAGCACCUUUAUGAGAGUGUUGAAGCAGCACCGCACGGAAUACAAAAGACCACGCGCAGUCAGUGAUUACCGCCAGCAUUGCUCUGACCUGGACACAAAGGUGUUGCCAGCCAUCCGCUCGCUCCUUCAGGAGCAUCGUGCAGCUCUGGAAGGGCUAAUGCCAAGCUACUUCGCGGCCUUUGACACCCAUGCAGCCCAAGCAGACUUGUCUUUUGAGACCCAGCCAGGCUUGUAUGUGAAAGAAAUUGAGCAUUACAUUGCGCGACACUGUGAAUCGAGACCUUGCGCCAAGCAUGCGGGGUCGAACUUUCCCUGCGGCCUGCUGUCCUUGAGGAAGCGUGGCAGCGGCUUCUGUCAGCGCUACCGCUUGGACCUCCACGAGAACGAAGCAGCAGCCGGACAUGUUCUCCGCUCGCACCUGAAGCUUUUGCUUGCCUAUCUGCACCAUCGCAAUGCGAAGGAUUUACAGCACGCCGCCCUGACAGACUUGUUGGAAUGCCCGCCGGUUGGAACUGCAGUCCUCCUAUCAGAUCACAAAGAGCUGGAAACAAUACCGCAAAGUUGGCGGGAGACUGGGGACAUGUUUUUUGCUCAGGCUCGGCAAGAACUCUCGAUUUGGGGAGCACUUCUUGUAGAGCAUGACCAGGGCUCGACUGCAACCAACCCCAGCGGGCCUCGCGUAGAGGUUUUUUAUGACGACAGUCCCAUCCCAGAUUCGGCGCUGGUCUUGAGCAUGCCAGACGUGAAGAUAACGCGCACUUAUUGCUUCUCUUCGCAGGCCUCCAGACUUCGAGGUCCAGAAUAUGUGAGGAUUUUCAAUCAUGGGUUUUCCACAAAGCCAACAGCAACAGAAUUGUCCUGGAGUGUGAAAGCUGGUCAGGUGCCUGAAGCCUGGAGAAAAGGGUUUUGGGGCAGCAGCUCAAAAGCCUGGUCCAAGCAGAUUAAGCCUCUUGGUCCCUCUGAAGAGAAUAGCCUGUCUCGCCGAUACUUGGAGCAGAAGGACCUGCUUCCUGGCGCAUUGGAGAGGCGGCAAACGUUACUUCCAGAUCUGCAAGAAGAGAUUCGCGUGCGAGAAAAGCGGGCCCACAAAGCCAAAAAGCGAGCUGCAGCAAGGCUGGAAGCCUUGAAGAACAAGCGGGAGGCUGCUGCCAGCUCCUCAAGCUCUGAGACCUCGGACUCCAGCUCGUCCUCCUCCUCCUAG